UGAGAUCUGUCGUGGACUGUCUAUCGUCGCAAUUAAUUUCAAUAACAUGUUUUUUUAAAUAAUUUCUCACUCGAGUUUGUGUGUUAUUUCGAUAUAUUUCACGGACUGCUCGCACUGAAAAUGGCGCGAGAGGCGAUUCUGCUUUGCGCCGCGUUGACCGCGUUGUGGAGCGUCGCUGCACAUGCUCAACUACACAACAAGAGCGACGCGAGGUUCGUGCCGAUAGUGAACAAGCAUGGUCGGACGGUGCUGAUCGAAGAGCAAUUGAUGUCGAAGCUCGAUGAGGAGGUGGCCACGUGGCACUGGACGCCAUGGCUGCGCACCAGGACCCAGGAGCUCGAUGGCGUGGUGCAGGCCGUGGCGUGCCCAUCCAGUGACUCCGUGGAGAGCUUCCCGGAUGGCCUAUUCGACGACGAACAACUCCGGCAAGGUGCGUUCAUUCUGUACAUGAUCUUCGGGAUUUACGCAUUCACGUUGCUGGCCAUCGUUUGCAAUGACUACUUUAUCCCCUGUGUGGAGUUGAUAUGCGAAGACUUGAAAAUACCACAGAAUGUGGCUGCUGCGACGUUCAUGUCAGUUGCCACUUCAUGCCCAGAGUUCUUCGUCAACGUGAUCUCAACCUUCUUGACAGAGUCCGACAUGGGGAUAGGAACUAUAGUCGGAUCUGCCAUAUUCAAUGCCCUCGGAGUGGCCGCCAUCGGAGGACUGGCUGCCAUCUCUCCCAUCGUUAUAGAGUCCAGACCAGUGACCAGAGAUGUGUUGAUAUACAUGGUAAAUGUGAGCGUACUGGUGGUGAUUGUGUGGGACGGGCAGGUGGAUUGGCAGGAGGCUAUAGUGCUCGGAGUCCUCUAUGUCCUCUAUUUCAUCUUCAUGUUCAACAGCAUGAGGCUGUUCAAACUUUUUGAUAUUAUCUGCGGCAAAUUAUGCUCCAGGAAAAACAGUUUAACAAUUUCAGAAUCCGACGAAAACAAGAGCGUUGAAGAAGGCGUUGACAAUAAAGCUUUCAAUGGAUCUACGACGAAUGUGAAUGGAACUAUUAACGGUGAAAAAGUUACUGUGAUUGAUAAAGUUCCCGAGACCGAAGUAAAAAAACCGAAGAGCGUGUUUCGAUUCCCCAGUCAGAACUCUCUAAUGUACCGAAUCUGGUGGGUCUACAGCUGGCCGCUGAAGUUCCUGAUGACCAUAACGAUUCCCUCGCCGGUCACCUGCAGGAAAUUCUAUCCUUUGGCGUUCUUCAUGUGCAUAGUUUGGAUUGGAGUUAACUCCUACUUCGUUUCUUGGAGCAUGACUGUUUUAGGUCACACGUUCUUUAUCCCGGACUCCGUAAUGGGAAUGACGUUCUUGGCCUUUGGCGGUUGCUUGCCUGAAGCGUGUUCCAUCUUUAUUAUGUCACGAAGAGGUGAGGGUGGUAUUGGUGUAUCGAAUGCAUUAGGUGCUAACUCAUUGGCCAUCCUCUUUGCUCUGGGAGUGCCAUGGCUCAUCAGGACUUUGACCCUUGUGGCCCAGGGAGCAGAUGACACUUCCGUGCACAUCAAUUCUGCAGGAAUUGACUUUGUAGUCGGAUCUCUUCUGGUUGCCGUGGCGUGCCUGUGGCUCACCCUGCUCAUCGGCAAGUUCACUCUCAAGAAGACUGUCGGUGGCGUCCUCCUGGUCCUCUAUGUCAUCUUCAUCACCUUCGCCAUCCUCGUUGAGAUGGGAAUCAUAUUGGACAGAUCCGAUCUCAGAUGCCUGUGAGCUAAAUUUUAGAGAGACUUUGAAAUGUUUUUGUGUUCUGGAAUAUCAUAAAUCACACACACAAUAAAUUUCUGUGAUUUUAAACGUGUGUGAACUUUGAAGAGAAUUAAGUAGGUGCGUAGUUACGUGAUACUUCGAACCUUAAGAUCGAACGAAAUGUGUUCGAAACGAGCUUUAGAUAGGAUUUUAGUAUUCGGAAACUGAAAAUAAGAGCUUCCAAUUAGAGAAAAUGUGAUAAUGGUAUAGCAUAUACGAUGUAUCUAUAGUAAAGCUGGUAGGGCAGUCCGAUGAGAAUCGAUACUGUCAUGUUCUACCUCGUUUAAAUUAAGUUUAGUUGUUCUUGUAUCUGCCUCGAGGAUAAUCUUCCAUGGCAUUGUUGUUAUAGGUACACGCACAGCUAAACUUUGCGUUAAUUAUUAGGUUAAUUUAGGUUGGGUAGUUACCUACCGAUUAGCCAAAACCGACAUUUUGUAUUAUCUAUCCAGUGCUAAAGAUAAAUGCAUUUAUUUCUUAUGUGUAGGCAAAAUAAAUCAUGAUAACUUAAUUCUUAGUAUGUCUUUGUGUAGGAUAAGACAACGUGUUCAUAAAAAAUAAUUAAGAUAUCGUGGUCUAAGUACUUACAAAUGAUAAUAUUUUGUUCUUGCAAUAUAGGACAAGACCAUCGAGUACAUCUAUCUGGAAUCAGUUGAGGGCCUGGUGAUAGCAGUGAUGACCACUAGGAAUACUUGCUUUUUAUUUGAACACUAACCUCUUGUGAAGAAGUGUAAUAUCAAAAAUUUACCGCAACUAUACACUGUGAAACACAAAAGUGACGAAACUGCAACUCUAGUUACUUUAAAGUUUCAUUUGGAUGUAGAGUCCUAGAAACCGCACACGAUGCCACUUUAAAAUCUGUUUUAUACGCAUUUAAAAUUACUUCAAAUCAGAGAUUUACUUUGCAGCUUACACAGUACCUUUGAAGCUUAAUGAUAAGUGCAGCAACGUUCAUAAGUAAGCCAAACCAGGUAAGUAUAAUCUAUCAUCCUACUCUCUCCAAAAGUAAUUUGAAGUCAGGAUUGACUUAACUUUGAAUUUAGACUUUCCUGCUAGUGUGCCUAGUUCUAUUUAAUAUAAUUUUAGUCGGUUAAUAUAUUUAUUUAAAAUAUUGUCCAAUGCCAAAGCAGGUAUAAAAUAUGCACUUAUGGGUACCCUAGUGUUGAGUACCCAUAGGUAAAGUUUGCGUCAUUCGCUGUGAAAAGUGAAAUGCGAAUUUAUGUUGUUUUUAGCAAAGUUUUUAUACUAUUUGUGAUGUCACUUACAGUAAAGUAAGUUCCCUUUUUAUGUA